AUGGUCGACCUAGAGAACCUAAAAUUGCGCCACCGCAUAGUUUAUGCCGUAAUUCUAAUUUCUGCCAUUGUGGGUUUGCCUAUCUGGUAUCUCACAACCAGUAUUCAUCGUGCUGCGCUUCCAGAGGAGGAGAUCAAUCAGAUGAGCAAAUCAAUAAUGGGUAGAAUCAAUUAUAAGGUUCCUAUUUAUUUGAUCGGUAUAACAGAACCUCUACAGGGGCUUUUGGUCGAGGCUCAGGCACUUAUAGAUCAAGAGGUUGCCAAGUUUGACUCGCCAAUCGUACCUCAUUACACUCUUUAUGAGGGUGACGAAAAUAGUGAUGGAUAUCAGAUCAAAUUAAUCAUCUUGGAGCCUGAAGACGAUCGUGAAGAGUCUCUAUCCAUCUCGCCAUUUUCUGAUAGGCAGACGAAGAUGUUUAUAUCUGCUGAUGUCAUCAAUAACGAUAAGGUUCCUGACUUUAUUAUGCGUGUGGUGACGAACGAUCUAUUUGGUUCGGAACUUGAGAUGUUGAAAAGGUUGGAUAAAAAUUAUCAGGAUGAUUAUGAUAUGGUAAAGAUGCCCUAUAGCCGGAAUUACAAGGUGUCUCUAUCAUUUCUAGAAGAAUCUGACGAUCCUAUUGACUGGGAUAUAAAGCCUGUUAUCAAAACUUUUGAAAGGUAUCUUGCUAUUCUAGGAGAGUAUGCCAAUUUCACGGUAGAGUCUCAGUUGGGAUAUUAUGAGUCUUUGUUAGACAGUGUUAAUCUUGAAAGGGAAGGCUCUGAUAAUACCACCUUCAUCUUAAGAGACACCUCAACUUUCAUUGACUACUCGGAAUGGGGGCUUGAUCAAGACGUUGAGGUAGGUCCAUCGAUAAAUUUGGUGUUAUACGUUCCCAAUUCAGAUAAAAGGAUUGAAAUUGCAAACUCUUCGACCGGCUCUUUCUUGGUGCCGCAAUGGGGAGGAGUGGUGAUCCGUAAUAAUGAUCAGGAAGACAGUAGGAUUUCUACCCAAGAGCUUUUACCGGUGUUCGACGUGUUUGCAUCCCAUCUUUUCCGGCUAUUGGGUGCUCCUGAGAAGCCUAAAUCCCCUUUUAUUAGGGCCGAUAUAUUGACGAGGUGGCAGAGUGUGGAAUGCUUGCUCCAAUCGGUGGAUAAUUUGAUGUCUUUGACGAAAUUGACGAAACAGCUUCCCACAAUUCCUAUUCCUGAGAUAACUUUGAAAGAAGUCGAUGAUACCAUCAAGUUUGUCAAUGAAUCUGUCUCCAUUAUGGAUAACGAUUCGAUUGGGAACUGGUGGAAGCGGGUUAACCAACUAUCGUCAAAGGCCUUGGAGCUUUCCGAUAAAGCAUUUUUCCAAAAGGACAUGGUUCAGCAGGUCUAUUUCCCUGAAGAGCAUAAGAUGGCAGUUUAUAUGCCAUUACUUGGACCAAUUGGAACCAUUUUACUACUAGGACUGUUACGUAUUUUCAGGGAGUCUCGAGAGGUGAAGAAGGAGAAGGAGAAGGAGAAGGAAGUGGCUUCUGUCAAGCAGAGCGAUGAAACUGUAAGCGUGAAAGCUCAAGGUCUAGCAGGAUUAGUUUACGAUGAGCUUGGAGCGGUGCGUAGCGCCGAAGUGGCAGAUGAGAGCGGAAGUGUUUCUAUGGCAAUAGAACAUGCCUCUUUGAACAAAGAAUCAGAUACAUCUCUGACUAGUUUGACGGACGAACUGCUGUUAGAAGAAAUGAAAGAGCUGAAGAUAGACAGCGGGUCUCCUGAUCCUGAGGAUGAACCGAAGGAUGAAGAGAAUCCGUUGUAUGGAACUAUUCUUGAUAAUAAGGAGAAGCGAAAUCUACUGAAGGCGCCAUUACCUAAAGGAUACGUUGGGGAGAUGACGGAUCAAUACAAACCAUACGAGCAGAUUAGAGUAGUGAAAAGAAGCUAUGGAAAUCCAGAUAAAGUCCCUAGAGCUACCUUUUUGACGCUUGUUCGCAAUAGUGAGUUGUAUGGGAUACUUUCAUCGAUCCAGCAGUUGGAGAAUAGGUUCAACGGAAAAAUGAACUACGACUGGGUAUUUCUCAACAAUGUUCCUUUCACAGACGAGUUUGUGGAGAUGACAUCAGCAAUGGUCAGUGGUACUGCCAGGUAUGGAAUUAUUCCGCAUGAACAUUGGUCGUACCCUUCAUGGAUUAGUCAAGAUAGAGCCAAGGUCGUGAGAGGAUCGAGGAAAUAUUCUCAUACGUUGUACGGGUCGAGUGAGAGUUAUAGGCAUAUGUGUAGAUACAACUCGAGAUUUUUCUAUCGUCAUCCGAUUAUGGAUGACUACGAGUUGUAUUGGCGUGUAGAGCCGGACGUUCACUUUAAAUGUGAUAUUUUAGAGGAUCCUUUCCGAUACAUGGUAGACACGCAAACGCAGUACGGAUUCACUAUAGCAUUUGAGGAGAUUGCAAGAACCGUAGAAACUUUAUGGUCAGCGUGCAAGAGAUUCUUUAGCCAAGAGAAUGUAGCCCUGCAGCUUCCUGCUGACAACUUGAUGGGUUUCAUAAGCGACAAUCAUGGAGAUACCUAUAAUUUAUGUCAUUUCUGGACAAAUUUUGAAAUAGCAAAUUUGACGUUAUGGAGAUCCGGACUAUAUGAAGAAUACGUCGACUAUUUAGACCAUGCAGGAGGGUUCUUUUACGAAAGAUGGGGCGAUGCGCCGGUUCAUUCCAUUGCCGCAUCACUAAUGUUAUCCAGAAACCAGGUGCAUAACUUUGACAAAAUUGCAUAUCAGCAUACUGUGGCAGAAACGUGCCCAUUGGAUGAUGAUCUCCGGAAAAAUCAAAGGUGUACUUGCGAUCCAAUGAACGAUUGGUUGCUAUCGUCCAACCAGCAUUGUAAUCGGAAGUUUUUGAAAGCUUCCAAACAGGUUCCACUUAAGGACUACAAAAAAUAUUUCAACAUAUUAAGGAUUAGGAAAUCAAAAGAAGAAGAGCAAGAUCGUAGAAAACAUCGGCUGAGAGCUGAAGCAGCCAGGAGGAAAGCGGAAGAAAGGAAGCGGAAGAGUUCAGAAAAGAAGAAGUUGGCGGAACAGAAAAAGGAAGACGCAAUAAAUCACGCUGAAGCUCUCUAA